AUGAUCAGCCCUAGGAACCUUAAACAAGUUCAACAGCUAGCAGGUCGACUUACAGCGUUGUCCCGAUUUCUCCCGUGUUUAGCUGAAAUAACGAAACCUGUGGUGAGAUUGUUGAGAAAAGCAAACAAGUUCGAAUGGUCCGAUGAAUGCGAGAAGGCUUUUCAGACUUUAAAGGAACGCCUCGGUUCCCCACCAGUCCUUUCUAAGCCCGAUCCAGAAGUACCAAUUGUGGUUUACUUGUGUGUGUCAAAUGAUACAAUAAGCACAGUUCUAAUUCAAGAAAAGGAGGGACAGCAGCCCAUUUACUUCGUCAGCCGUAUGUUACAAGAGGCCGAAACAAGGUACCAGCUCUUGGAAAAAGUGGCACUAGGGCUGGUUCACACUGCUCGGCGUCUUCGGCAAUAUUUUCAGAGUCACCAAAUUAUUGUUCGAACCGAUUGCCCAAUAGCUAAAGUACUACGUAAACCUGAGUUGGCAGGAAGGAUGAUGGCUUGGUCUAUUGAGUUAUCGGAGUUCGACAUUUGUUUCCAACCGAGAGGACCAAUCAAGUCUCAAUGUUUGGUGGACUUCAUCAAUGAGUUGCAGCCGAGGGGUUGUUUCGUCAACGAUUUAUGGACAAUACAUGUGGAUGGUUCCUCCAACAAUCAAGGCAGUGGAGCAGGUAUAAUUUUGGAGGGACCAACAGGAUUAAUCCUAGAGCAAUCAUUACGAUUCGAGUUCAAGGCUUCAAAUAAUCAGGCCGAAUACGAAGCAUUACUGGCUGGUUUAAGGCUUGCACGAGAAAUUGGUGUAAACCGACUGGAAUGUUGGACCGAUUCAAAAGUUGUAGCCGAACAAGUGAAUGAUAAUUUUCAGGUCAAGGAUGCAAACUUGUUAAAAUACUACCAUUUGUUUCAACAAAUGUGUGGUACGUUUGAAGAAGUUUACGUAAAGCAUACAUCAAGAGAACACAACGCGAGGGCGGACCAGUUGGCUCGGUUGGCAAGCAGUACCAGAAAACCUGGACAGCUAAGAACCACACUUCACUUGGAUCUUGAAACGCCAAGUGUGGUAGCUGCUGAAUGUUUGGUAGUAGAGGGGUCUGUUCGUACAUGGAUCACUGAGAUAAUGGAUUAUCUUGAGCAUGGUACCCUACCAUCUCACCCAACGGCGGCUAAAAAGCUCCGAACGCAGGCCGCUAGAUAUGUUGUGAUUGGAGGAGAUUUGUAUAGAAGAGGAUUCUCGGCUCCGUUGCUGAAAUGUGUCGAGGCAGAACAAGCUAAUUACAUAUUGAGAGAGAUGCAUGAGGGGAUAUGUGGUUUCCACUCGGGAGGACGGACUUUAGCGACUAAAGUGCUUCGGGCCGGAUACUACUGGCCUACUCUCAGGGAAGAUUGUGUAAAGUUUGUAAAGCAUUGUGUAUCGUGUCAGCGGCAUGGUAACCUUAUCCACGCUUCGGCUGAAGAACUUCAUGGCAUCAGUUCACCUUGGCCAUUCGCAAUGUGGGGGAUGGAUAUUCUUGGACCUUUCCCAAUCGCCAAGGGUCAGUGCAAAUUUUUGUUGGUUGCUGUAGAUUACUUCACGAAAUGGGUAGAGGCCGAGCCGCUUGCCAAUAUCACAGCAGCCAAUGUUCAAAAGUUUUUAUGGAAAAACAUCAUUACCCGUUUUGGCAUUCCAUAUGCACUUGUUAGUGACAAUGGUUUGCAGUUCACCGAUCAAAAACUUAAUCGGUUCAUUCAUGAUCUCGGUAUCAAACACAGGUUCACCUCGGUCGAACACCCGUCAACUGAUGAAUGUGCGGCCCUUAAAGAUAAGAUUGAAGACUUGAUUAAGCAAGGAAAACUGCAUAACUUUGUGGACCGAUCAGGUUCAUCCCAGAAUCGUUCAUAUCAACCCAGGUAUCAAGAUCGGCACAGGCAAGACCGUUCUGAUAAAACCUCUGAUAGAGUUCGACGUGAAAGAAGCAGGUCGCGCGAAAGAAAAGAUGACUCGGCACCUUCGCAUAGGAGGGUUAUCAAUACUAUUGCUGGUGGCUUUGCGGGCGGGGGCACAACUUCUUCGGCCCAAAAGAGACAUCUCCGAGCUAUCCGAUCGGUCAACACUGUUCAUAGACAGUCAUCUCGGCGAUUGCCAGCAAUAACCUUCACUGAUGCUGACUUCAAAGGCAUUGACCCAGAGCAAGACGAUCCGAUGGUCAUCAGUGUAGAAAUUCACAAUUGCAUCGUCAAGAAAACAUUGAUUGAUCAGGGCAGUUCGGCAGAUAUCAUAUAUUGGAACACAUUCAAGCUGUUGGGCAUUUCCGAAAAAGAAUUGCUUCCCUAUGACGAUCCGUUGGUUGGUUUUGCAGGAGAGAGGGUCAGUACCAAAGGUUACAUUAAACUCUUCACACGCUUUUGUUUUGACGAACAGGAAAGCAGAGAAGUUCAGACUAAGGAGUUCUAA